AUUUGAAAAAUCUUCAAGUGGUGGGAAGACAACGAAAAAGACCUAACAUCCAUUCUACUUAUUUUGUCAUCCCACUGCGCAUAAGUCAUAGUGGAUCUCCUUGGGAUUCGAACCCAUAAUAGCAAGGCAUGUAACUGAGCACCGCAAAGCAAGACUAUCACCGGACGUCUUUUGAUUGGCUGAUUUACUGUUUCUUUUAUCCAAUCAAAACAAUGCGAGAGUGAAAAGGAAAGAGAAGGAAAGUGAAGGCUGCGAUAAUUUCAAAUUUCGAACUCGGGUCACGUUGUGUUUACAUAAAACACCGACUAAACUUUGAGUGUUUUCAAGUAUGGCUCUGGAGUGUCAAAACUUAAUUUGUUGGGUGUCAGUACAAGAGAUAUCAGCCCUUGGUAAUGUUGUAAAAAGUGUACAAUACAAAAAUACAACACUGUCUCUUGGACGUGAUGAAUACAAUGAGGUUAUUCUGAAGUUGUUUGCUGGCAAACGAGAUGUAACCUACAUGUUGCGUAAUAUUCAAGUACAUAAGAAGUUUUUUAAAGAUGGCAAAGCCACCAUUAAGAUAUUAGACCAAAGUCUUCAGCUGAUGCUAUCUAACUGCCCUCCAGAUAAACUUGUUCUCUUCCUUAAGACAAUGAUGACUAAAUUAGAAUGCAAGAAAAAAAGUGGUUUCAUUAGCAAUCGAGAAAAAAUAAAGACUGGUCUUAAAAGAUCUUUUCAGGAAAUCAGUCCAUUGACCCUAAAAGAUUUGAAAUUUGCAAAAGGUCUCCCUAUUAAUGACAAUGACAAAUGUUUAGAUUCAACGCCAAAAUCAAAGAGGCAACAUUGUGAAAGUGAUAAAGAAAACCAACCACAGAUGAAGCAGUAUAGAGAGAUCCAGCUUUCCAAGCAGAGAAUAUUACAGCCUUUUAAAUUAACCAAAGAACAAAGGAAGGUUCUUGAUAUUGUUAUUAAUGGGGAGAAUGUGUUCUUUACUGGUAGUCUUCCAGGAAAAGCAUCUCUAGCCAAGUACAUUGUAGGUGCUCUGCCCCCAGAUCACACAUUUGCCACAGCAAGCACAGGUGUAGCUGCCUGCUAUAUAGGUGGAAUUACUCUCCAUGCCUUUGCUGGAAUUGGUUCUGGAAAUGGUCCAUUGGAACAAUGUGUGCAACUAGCAAACAGACCAUCUGUCAAACAGAACUGGAUGAAAUGUCAUCAUUUGAUAAUUGAUGAAGUAUCCAUGGUACACAGAGAUUACUUUGAUAAAUUAGAAGCAAUAGCUCGGUUAAUUCGCAGAAAUGACAAACCAUUUGGUGGCAUUCAAGUCAUUGUCUGUGGAGAUUUCUUGCAGUUGCCUCCUGUUACCAAGAAAGCCGAUAAAAAGAAAUUUUGCUUCCAGUCACCUGCCUGGCGGAAAUGUAUCAACGUUAAUCUAGAACUCACAGAAAUCAAACGACAAGAUGAUCCAAAAUUUAUUGACAUUCUUCAGAAUAUCAGGAAAGGAUUGUGCCCUGGGUAUGUCAAUGAUGCUCUUCAGAACACAGUGAAUUCUCACAGUCAGCAAAAUGGUAUCGAAGCCACUCGGCUGUGUACCCAUAAAGAUGAUGUCAACUACAUCAAUUUGAAUCAUCUUGCUAAGCUGAAAGGAGAUUGCCAUGUGUUUACAGCAACGUGUAACAGUGAAUAUGUGUCUGAAGGUGACCACUGUCCAGUGGAGCCAAAACUGAAGCUUAAAAUUGGAACACAGGUGAUGUUGACAAAGAACUUGGAUCUCCAACGAGGUCUUGUGAAUGGUGCAAGAGGUGUAGUGUGUAGCUUUGAUAAAGGAAAUGAAGGAUGGCCCCAUGUAAAAUUCCUGUCUGGAACAGUGGAAUGUGUCAGACCAUUACGAUGGGUUAUCAAGUCCAGUUCAAUAGUGACUGUAUGGAAGCAACUACCUCUAAAACUAGCCUGGGCUAUUUCUAUACAUAAAAGUCAGGGUAUGACACUUGAUUUUGUGGAAAUUUCUUUGUCGCGGGUCUUUGAAGCUGGUCAAGCAUACGUUGCCCUGUCUCGAGCUAAAUCAUUGAAAGGUUUACGAGUUCUUGACUUUGAUCAUUCAUGUGUUCGUGCUGAUCCUGAUGUUUUAAAUUUUUACAACCGUUUAAAGAUCAGCCACCCAACUGAACAAAUGUCUUCAGACAAUUUCAGUUAGGAAACAUUUCAAUUAAUUUAAACUCACUCAGGAAAACUAUUUAAUUAAUCAAAAAUUCGUUUAAACAUUUUUAAUUCUUUCUUUUUCUGAAGUGGCUGUGGUUUAACACAAACUCUACAGAUGUUUCAUUUCUAAAUUAUGCAUCCUGGCUAUUUACUACCAUCAUCACCACAGAUAGAGACAAUACUGAGUGACACAUUGUCAGUAAGUGUAUUGACUGAAAAGUUACAUCAUUAUAGUCUAACUCUUCUAUAGGAAAUGGCCAAUAAACUGUACUUUUAGCAGAAGUAUAGUUGUCCAAAGAUGGCUAUGUGGUUUGAGGUUCAUUUUCACCUUAGACAAGUGUCUUCUAUAGUGUCAAGAAGGCAUGAAUUAACAUCACUACCUGACCUUUAGUAGUUCCCUCUGUUGCAAGCACUCAAGCCCAGUGUCCAACUUUAUCACUGCCUUGCAUCAUUGUCGCAGGAAACUUAAAACUACAACACUGAGUAUGUGUAUAACUGAAAGAAUUUAUAUUUAUUCACGGAACCCAUGGUAAACCUAUUGGGUUAUUUCUGAAAACUUUAUAUAUAUAUAUAAAGAAAAACCUGAACGAGUAGCCUGUAUUAUAUCUGUAUGGAAAGAUAGUUGCUCAUCUAUUCCUUGAAAAGUGAAAGGAAUUAGAAUAUGAGGAUUACUUAAUGCACAAUUUAAUAUAGAGCACUCAUAAAAUAAAUAUUCACUCUUAUGUUUCCAUUUCCCCUAUAAACAAAUAAGAAAAAAAUCCUGUGUAAAUAGGUGAAUAUUUCAUGGAAUUGCACUUAUGCACACGUGUUAGGUUAUAUAAAAAAUUUCACUAUCCAAUCACUCUCUACCUUUCUUUAACCUCACCCCUCUGCUAGAAUUAUAUUUAACUCCAACUUUUUUUAACCACGUAAAAUACAUUCCCUCUACCUCACAUCAUAUGAAAGCGUUACAACAGGCUAUAUAAUGCAAUGACAAGCAAAAUUAAGAUUUUUGAAUUAGUCGAUUUGAGAGGAAACAAAUACUGACUGCCAAGUGUUAGGUUUGCACAUGCCCUUGUAUCUAGAUGAUUUACUGUUAGGGUACUCACCUAAUGAUAGUGUCAUGGGCUCAUUUCCUGAACUGGUGACAUUAUUGAGAAUGGCGCUUUCAAAUUAUUCCCAGCCAAAUUUUGUAGAAACUUACCCCACUCCUUGAUGUACUACUGGAUCAAAGAGCAGAAGAGUCAAGGAGAGGGGUAUCUGUUCACAACUACAGAGGCUACCAAGCCAUACUAAUUUAGGUAAUGGCUCUUUGAGAUUAUUCAGUUGUGUCCGUGUAUAUAAGGAUUCCUUAUAUAGAUGUCACAAGUGUGAUCUGUGAAUUGAAGUCCACUGUGGGCAUAACUUGCCAACAACUUGAUACCACCUGUAUAUAUAAUAAAUCAAUUUUUAUAUCAGAUUUUGUUUUUAUCUUUGGUCAGUGCCAUUUCCUUCUGUCUAUAAAUCAAAAGGAAUGAGUAUUCCCUUCAAACUUUGAUUUUGUGACCUGAACAUCAAUUACAUAUCUUCCGUUACCUUUCAGCACAGAGUUGCUGAAGCAGAAAUAUAGCAAUAUCCUACUUAGUACCUCAGAUUUGCUGGACUUUAAGAAGUCCUUUAGUAGAUAUGUUCAUCCCUGAUGAGUAGUGGGGGAGUAACAUUAGCCAUUUUUCAUACUUUCCAGUGGUAAGCAAAUAAAAAUAAUAGUUGCUACAAGGACAGAAACUGUUAGUGUAAUGCAAUAAAUAGAAAAAAAUUACUAUGAACAUAGUAUAGAAUUAGCUGAUGGAAAAAAAAAAGUCCGGGUUGAAUCAGCUUGCCCUGGGGCUAAAUGACAGAUUCAUGGAAUAACAAUUUACUAAAUAAUGCAAGUUUUGUGUCUGUUCCAAGUACAAAUCUAUAAUCACUCGGAUGUGUAAGACCCAAGAGAGGAGGAUUUCAGAUCAAACCAAUGGAGUCUGUACAUGAUUAUUCUUGCUUGAAAUACCAAAGUCUCAAAUCCAGCAGAUGAAUGCUGACUUGGCAAAGGUUUUUGGAAAGGAGGAAGCAGAUGUAUUUGGAACUAGACACAGAAUAACUAAGCAUUAUAUUCUAAAGAUAGCAAUUACAACUGUAAUAUCUGCCCCAAGACAAAAAAGUAUUGAACACUGGGCUUUUAAAAUUGUUCACUAUCUGAUUUUAAACAUAAGCCCUGAAACUGCUAUGGAUCAAGUUUGUGUAACAUGCAUGCUGUUUAUACAAGACAAUGGAUCAACGAGGGCUAUGUCAUUAAUAAAUAUGCUUUCACAAAUUGGAAUCAAU